UAUUUUGUGCCAUUAAACUGGGGUUAACUUUUGUUGUUUACUUUUCCACCUUAGAACUAAUGGCACUGAAAGAGAAGAAAGUACUUAAUGAAAUUGAAGAGGAAGAUCAGUAUGAGAUUCUUCAUGAUUUCACAACUGGAGAAAAUAAAAAUCUUGACGUCCACAAGACAAUUAAUUCUAUGGACAGCCUUUUUACCUGCCAACAGUGUGGAAACAGUUUCACUCAUAAAGGAAGCCUUUACAGGCACAUGAGAGUUCACACUGGAGAGAAGCCUUACACAUGCCCUCGGUGUGGAAACCAUUUCACUCAUAAAGAAAGCCUUAACAGGCACAUGACAAUUCACACUGGAGAGAAGCCUUACAUGUGCCCACAGUGUGGAAAGAGUUUCAGUGAUCCUGGAAACCUUAAAGUCCACAUGAGAGUUCACACUGGAGAAAAGCCUUUCAUCUGCCACUGGUGUGGAAGUAGUUUCAGUCAACAUGUAAAUCUUGAAGCUCACAUGAGAAUUCACACUGGAGAGAAGCCUUUCACCUGCAAACAGUGUGGAAAAAGUUUCAACAGAAAAGGAAAUCUUAAUAACCACAUGAGUGUUCACACUGGAAAGAAACCCUUCACCUGCCAUCUGUGUAGAAAAGGUUUUAAGGAAAAACGAAACCUUUAUGCCCACAGGCGAAUUCACAAUAUGGAGAGAUUUUUUACCUGCCUACAGUGUGGAAAGAGUUUCGGUCAUAAAGGAUACCUUAACAGGCACAUAAGAACUCACACUGAGGAGAAGCCUUACACAUGCUCUCAGUGUGGAAAGAGUUUCAGUCAAAAACGAUACCUUGACGUUCACAUGAGAAUUCACACUUGAGAAAAGUUUUAACCAAAAAUGUAACCUUAAAGGGUUGGUUAACCCCAAAAUGAAAAUUCCGGUCUGCGUCUUUUCGAGAAUGACUGCAUAAUUCAUCAGCUCCAUCAAUUUCCAUGAACUCUACAUGAAUGAAGUCUUCCAUUUUAAGUGCUGACAGAGUUAAGGCCAUUUUACACUGAUCACGAUGCGGAAAAGCGAGGCGAAUCGCCGACGAACAUUGCUUUCACAUAGAACAAAAAACGAUUGUUUACCUUAUGAUAAUUCACUUCUGCACACUAGGUGUUGCUGACCAACAAUGCAUUUUUCCUCAGAUAUGCUUAUGUAUCUCGUAAAUGAAUUUAACAUCAUCCCCUGCUCAAUACACAGCAUUAAAUUAAGAUAAACAAGGUUCUACACCAGAAACAAACUAUCUAUAAUGCUUACAAGAAUAGGCUAUAUCCUAAAGUAAAAUUAGAAGUACAAUUAGAAUCAAGCUACACUUGAAAAUGUAUGUAAUUAUUAAUGUAUUUGCUUACGCACUUUAAGCCAUCAUCGAGUGCUUGUAAUAACUUCUGAUGAUGAUCUAUAGUUGAUUUUGAUUAAUAAGCAGACAUGCACUAUUUGUAUGUUUGAUAAUGCUAAACUGCUAAUAAUCGUCAUAAACGUCCUUUAUUGCUAUAAAAAUACCAUGAGCAGCAUACAAAAUACAUACAAAAAUAUAUUGUCAAAAUCAUGUCUAUUUGCUUUCAUAUUUCAUGUGUAGAAAAAGAGUGAGCACGCUCUAACUGAUAACACUCAUGCACAUGUAAGAAAAUGGAUGGUGCUCUACAGAUCACAUAAUUCAGUGUUUAAUUAAUAUAAAUGUUAUUCUGUAUAAAGAACACAUGAGAAUAAAUAUGUUCUCUAAUACCAAUGAUAACAAGAACUUAGCAUCAACUCUCUUCUCUUAUCUGGGAUACUCUUCCUCUGUUUGUUUACACUAUGUUUGUUUGUUUCUUCUGUUUGUUUCUUGCCUUUUUGUGCAACAGCAGCUGCUCCGGUCACGUGAUCCUAGCUCAAAUCUUAUUGGACGGCCCAUGUUUUCGCUGUGCGAAACUGAAAAGAUUCGUCGGACUGGUUAAAAAAUUUAUUUUUUACAAUUUUCGGUGCGCGAAUGUUCACUGUCUAUGUGGAAGCAUACAUAAAAAUCUAUUGUUUUAGUCCAGUGCAUCAUCACGUCCGAUAUUCAUUUCGCUUUUUCGCACUCCAUGUGGAAAGGCUUUUAUGAAUGGGGCAACUAUGGAGAAAAGGGAAAGACCAAGAAAAAACACUACAAAGGACGAUGAAAACAAUCCAAUCGUACCUGAAUAAAUUAGCGCGAGUGACGACGCAGCACAUGAGGGAGAGCAAAUUAGCCUGUCGAAGAUUCCUAACGAGAUCAAGGACUUUUGACAAGACAGUCACAGACAACUUCAGGAUAUAUAAAAAAAGAACUGAACAAGCCUAAUAAAAGAAUCGAAGAGGCUGAAAAUAGAAUAGAUGAAGCGGAGACCCGAAUUCAAAACAUGGAAGAAGUGCUGAAAGAGAUGCUAUGGAUAACAGAACAAAUUGAAGCCCGGCUAAUUGACCAAGAGGGUCGAGCCAGACUGUCAAACAUCAGAAUUUACGGCAAACCAGAAAGAGUUGAGGAAAACUCUUCGGACAUGAUUUCUUUCCUGGAGGAUUUUCUUAAAUCGACCCUGGAUCUGAUCCCACCGGUGGAUCUCCAGAUUGAACGGAUUCACAGAGUGCUUGCGCCUAAUCCAUCAACCGCAGCCAAACCAUGCUCGAUAAUCGGCAAGUUUCUCAACUACAGGAGAAAAGAGUUGGUUAUCAAAAUGGCCUGGAAGAGGAAGGUGAUCGAAUGGAAAGGCAACAGGAUUUUUUCGAUAAUGACUAUGCCCCUGAUGUGCUGUGGAAAUGGAGGAAAUAUCAAGAAGCUAAAAGGAUCUUGAGGGAGCACAACAUCAAAUUCCAAACACGAUUCCUGGCCAGGUUAAAGGUGUUCUAUUCUGAAGGCACGGUUCUCUACAACUCCACGGAAGAGGCAACAACCGAUAUGGGGAAAAGAGGUCUCCCAGUGACUGUACACAGCACACCUUCCUCACUGAUUGAGCGUGUUCAGUGGCUGACCUGGAGAAAGAAACCCCUCAGAGUAAUCAUGUUAUCUCCAUAAGAACGAUAUGAUUGGCAGAACAAAUUUACCAGGAUUUUUGAAAAGGUCCUGUUCACACAUGAUCUCUUAAUGGUAACCUCCCGGUAAUUUAUCAGUGAAGACUGUAUGUGUGAAAGGGGCUAAACUCUUCUUCUGUAUGUGAAUUUGAAUUAAUGUUCAUCUGGGAAAACUGUGCAUUAUCUCUAGAUUUGUAACGUAAAUCAUUUAUAAACUUUUGCCAACACAGGAGAAUACAUCAACCUGUUUCUAAAUAUGCUAUUUAUUGUACAUAGUGAUUUCAAAAUAAACGUUUCUGCAUGUGGCCAAACAUUAAAAUAUAAUGGAUUUAAACAUUGUUUAAUCACGCUGUAAAGUGAAACGUCACAAGGCCAUUGGCGCCCUCUGCAGGUAUUUGUUUUAAUACAUAAUGUGCUUAUGUUGGUUAUGUUCAUAUUAUGGAUAGGCAUAUUACAUUAUGUAUUUUAACAGUGUUGUUCAAUAAAACCAUGUAAUUACUUGGUUUUGAUAUUUUAUUUGAGCCAAUUAUUAUUUCCUCAUCGUUAGUUUAUCUAUUAAUAGUCAAUCCAAAGCCUGGUUUUCACUUAGGUCCGUUUGUGUUACUACAAAAUAUCAAUUACUCAGUUGUCAAAAUAAUCAGUGGAUUACUUGAUUACCAAAAUAAUCAUUAGUUAUAGUCAUAGAUUAGUUUCUAAAUACA